GGGACGGUGAGUCGGAGAUAAACACUCCGCGGCGGUGGCGGCUGCUGCUCUUCUUUGGGUUCUGUCACGGUGUCGGUGGUGCUCGGCUCACCGGUCCCCUCCCCCUUCCGGCGAGCGUGGUCGCCAGAGAGCGUGGUCUCAGCCCUGCUCUACGGGGUCCACAGCGGGGCGUGGGUGUCCGGCGGCAGCGGCGGCAAGCCCGUGGGCAGUGGGGGUUGGUCCAGUGGCUCCGGCCCCCGGUGCAGAAUGGCGGCGGCGGUUCGGAUGAACAUCCAGAUGCUGCUGGAGGCGGCCGACUACCUGGAGCGGCGGGAGAGAGAAGCUGAACAUGGUUAUGCCUCCAUGUUACCAUACAAUAACAAGGACAGAGAUGCCUUAAAACGGAGGAGCAAAUCCAAGAAGAAUAACAGCAGUAGCAGAUCGACUCACAAUGAAAUGGAGAAGAAUAGACGGGCCCACCUUCGCCUGUGCCUGGAAAAGUUGAAGGGGCUGGUGCCACUUGGUCCAGAAUCAAAUCGACACACUACAUUGAGUUUAUUAACAAAAGCCAAAUUGCACAUAAAGAAACUUGAAGACUGUGACAGAAAAGCCAUUCACCAGAUAGACCAGCUUCAGCGAGAGCAGCGACACCUGAAGAGGCAGCUGGAGCAGCUGGGCAUCGAGAGGAUACGGACGGACAGCACCGGUUCCACGGUCUCCUCGGAGCGCUCCGACUCCGACAGGGAAGAGAUCGACGUGGACGUCGAAAGCACAGACGAUCUCACGGGCGACCUGGACUGGAGCAGCAGCAGCGUGAGCGACUCGGACGAGCGGGGAAGCAUGCAGAGCCUGGGCAGUGACGAGGGCUACUCCAGCUCCAGCAUCAAGAGAAGAAAGCUCCAGGACGGUCACAAGACGUGUCUUGGGCUCUAGGAGAGCGUGGUCGCUUCGGCUGCCGCCCAGAUGGUCCUGCCCGUCGGCUCCGAUUAGGUAGCGUAUCGGACCUGCCCACAUUUCCCUCGCACGUCAGCUUCCGUGUUCCACCGUCACCAAAAGCAGCUGUGCAAAAGUUGUCAAGGAAGUGCUUAGGAGUGUGGGUUUCUUUUUUUUGUUUCUUUUUCUUUUUCUUUUUCUUUUAUCCCCGAUCCACAACUUGAAUGGGGUUGAGCGGGCCCCCGCGCCUGCUGGCGUAGGGUAGGCACACGCUGAGCCAGUCAGUGCAGCCUGGACACCUGAGGGCGUCACAGACCCCUUACUGCUCAGUCUGGGGUGGAUGAAUGCCACUCGUCCCUCUAAGAAGUUGGGGGACGCCGACCAGGAUUGUGGGUUUCUGAUUGCAUCCUCUAGCUUCUCACUUUCGCUCCAUAAAAAUUCGUCUCUGACAGACUGUACAUUCCAAUCACUUUGAAACACCCAAGAAUUCUUAGAUGGGAUAAGCACUUACUCACAUCUAGGCAAUUUCCCCCUCUUAUUUACUGUCCCCGUGUAGUCUACGAGACCUUCCUUGAAGUUUUCUGGCUUCCUCUGUGACUUGCCUAGCGGAAAUGUCCGUAUGUGUCUUGUGCUUAGGAAACUGAAGGAAACAAACUUUUAAAGUUGAGAUCCUGAUCUCAGAACUCCAAAGUAAGCUUUGAAAGUGGGAUUUAAGAGCACUUAACCAUGGCCCUCACCGCCCGUGAGCAGGCAGGAAUACCUCCAGAAAACACACACUUCACACACGUCCCGCGCCAACGUCCCCGACCCGCGUGUGGAUGGCCGCAGUAUUUCUCACUCUCCAACGGACCCCUUGCGAGCACGUCUUUGGGGUAGCACAGCUUAUAAAAGUUCCAACGUCAUUUGUUCUCACGAACAGAACGGUACAGUCUGUUUUUGUGCGCUGUCCUUGGGACCGCGCUGUGUCCUGCUCUCCCAAGGCACAUUUCCCCUCCAAGUCGGUUAUGCUCCUUGUCUCUGGAACAUUUUUUUUUCCUACCUCAGAGAUAAAUGAGAUCUCCAUUUCCCACUUAACACAAACUGAUUAUGCCUCUUUUUUUUUGUUUUUGUUUUCUUCCCCAAAUAAGUGACAUUUGGUCCAAUUCUAAUCUAUUUUCCUGUUUAACUUUCAGCAAUAACUGAGCUUUGGCACUAGCUGAGCUAGUGUCCAUCAUCAGUGAAAGGAAAAGUCCACAUUUCUGCUCUCUGUUGCAGGUGAACGGGAGGGGAUGGUACAGUGUUACUACAAUUCCUCUCCUUAUUGAUUAUUUUUGGACACACCCAGAAACUUCUUUAUGGAGGCUUUUGGGUUAAUAGUUUUAAAGGCUGAUUUUUCUUUUUGGUUAUGAUUUCUCCCUUAAGUGGUCUCCCACUUUGUAGCAUUUUUAUUUAAGCUAAAACAGAGCACAUGUAUAUGUACAUAAGACACAUUAAAUCUAUAAAUACUAUUUAUUCAUUUUAUAUAAACUAAUGUAAUGGAAAAUAAAUUCUUAUGACUGUGCUUUUAUAGAUGUUCUAGAAACUUUGUAUGUAGGUAUCUACAAAAUUGGUUCAUUUCCCCUUAAUACUUUUGCAUUCAUAGUUUUGAGGUCUCGAUGUUUUCAACCUCUGGUGAAUCUUUUUCAAUGAAUUCGAACCAUUUGUAAAACCUGUGACGCUGAAACAGAGCGUGUGUCACAAAGUGAUGAGAACAUUCCUAAAUCCACAGCCGCACUGCAACUUAAGGGCUCCCUGGCUGAACCAGUAGCGGCGGCGCCUGUGCCCCCCGCUGGCCUGUGGUCUCCCCGGCCCCAGACUCACCUCCUCAGCGCCUCUUCCUUGCCCACGACUAAAAGUUCAAAGGCACUCCUCACGGAAGCUCAUUCUGGACAUGAAGAGCAGUCGAAACAAAGAUUACUUUUGUGUUUAUUUUUUCUUUUUAUUGAUUUCUUAAUGUAUUAAAAUUUUUUAAUUGGAAGUAGUGAUUCCCAAAUGAUUCCAAAGUCAUCUGUAAUUCUUCUGUUUUUGUUUUGUUCUGAUUUUCUCUCCAUUUCAGCUUUGGGUGGGGGGAGGGGCAGGUGACACAAAGGAUUUUUUUUGGGGGGGGGGAAUCUUUUCCAAUUACCAGCUGAAGAUUUGCACUGAAAUACAACUUGUAUGCCUUUUGCAUUUUUAAAGCCUGCUUCCUGAAUUUAAGCAGAGUGAUAGUGUUCAAAGAGCCAGCUCAGCCUGUAACAUGUUUGAAAAAGAUAUACCUGCACUUUGAGGUCCCUUUCGAAUGCCAUUCGCUAGACCUCGCAAGCAUUUUAAUUGCUACAUUCAAGCGCCUCACAAGUCCACGAUGCUAGAUCCUGUACAGCAUCGAAAACUCAAGACUUUGGCAAAAGCUUGUGGGCUUGCGUUGGGGGAGGGGAGGGAGGGAACAAAACUUGUGUAUUUGUUUGUUUAAUUUAGAAAUAAGGCAUCUAAGAGAUGCCAUUAUUUUCUGUGUUUUAAUUGUUGUGCCUUUGAGUUAAACUGCAUUUUUGUCUUUUGGUUGAAAUAUGAAAUGUACUGUCCCAAUAUAAAAUAGUGAUUAUUUGACCUUUGCACUGUUUGUCUGGUCCUUUUCAAUUUGAUGGCAUAUAAAUGUGGAACUUAAUAGAUCUCUAUAUUUUUAAUGCACUUGUGAUAAACUGACACCAGGGUUAGACACGACUUUCAAAUCUUGAGGUAGACCGAAUGCUAGACAGGCCUCUCUCUAACCAAAACUGUAACCUUCAGGACCAGCAAACUCAGCCCCAGGCAGCUAACCCCCUUCCCUACGUGGCUGACCAGCCGCCCUGAUGCGCCAAUCUGUCGUGUCAUUCACUGAUCCACCAGCAUAACUGUUAAGAGCUAUACAGUCUUUUUGGUUCUGUUUUGUUGUUGUUGUUGUUUUGUUUUUUUAAGCAAAAUGAAAAACCUUUCUAUUAGGGUUGUUGCGGGGAGGGGACGGGCAAAGAUAUAAGCCCCAGCCUUUAAGACUUUGACUAUUGUACGUAAAUACAGAUGUGUGUAAAUAUAGGCACAUGCAUAUUUUUAUGUGAAAACUGGUUUUAAGAAACUAAAAACAAGUCUACACUCUUAUUGAUACCAUUGCAGUGCAAAUGGGAAAGUAAAGAGUAUGUAGUGCAGUUUAAUUUCAUGCAGUGAGAAAAUAUAUGUGUGCUUCUGUUAACAUCCCAGAAAACCUAGCUUUCCAUGCCUGUUGGCUUAGAAUGGCGGGCAGGCACCCAGGGUAUAUUUGUUUUCUUUUGCUAAGCAGAGAUCUGGAAUUCAAGGUGCUGAUAGCGACCAUGGCUCCUUUCUGUAGUCACAGAUCUAAUGCUAGUGAUUCAGUGUCACCUUUUUGAGCAGGGCCUACAUUUUUCUUCCUGUCAACCCAAAACGAAAAUAAUUUCGGUGUCGAUUCAGAAUUGAGCACUAAGAAGGCCCUGACCCUGCAAUCGGCCGCUUGAGUGGUUUGAGGGUUUUUUUUUUUUUAAAGUGGGCAUUCUCCUUUAACCUCUACUUUUUUCAAAAGAAACAAAGGGCCCUUA